CUCAAAACAAGCAUCCGACCGGAUCGUUAACUUUCUCCCUACAUCGGCCAUACGCGAUUCUUUGAAUGUAUUCAGAAUACUGUACAUGAGCCACAGCGAACCUAGCUCUGUCAAUAAAGCAUAUUCUAUCGGAUAACCCAUACUCGAUGACGAACUUUGUGGAUUUUAAUCAGAUUGAGUCCAGGAUGGAAAAAAGUGUAAUAUCUCAGUUUUUUAAUGAUCGGUCCGUAUUUGUCACUGGAAGUACUGGCCUUAUGGGAAAAGUGCUUGUCUGGAAACUUUUGCACAGCUGUCCUGGAAUAAAAAAUAUUUUCGUGUUGAUAAGAUCAAAAAGAGGCAAGUCCGCUCUUUUGCGAUACCAGGAAAUCAUCAAAGCACCGUUAUUUGAUUCCAUUAGAAAAACGAAUAAAUCACUGUUGUCUAAACUGCAAGUGGUAUGCGGCGAUGUAAGUCUGGAUGAAUUGGGAAUCUCAGUGGAAAUGAAGGAAAGGUUGAUAUCGGAAGUGUCGAUUGUUUUUCAUGGAGCAGCCACGUUGAACUUGGACGCAUCACUGACCGAAGCUAUAAAUUUGAACACGACUGGAACACUACGCAUGCUCGAGUUAUGUUCCAACAUGAAAAAUUUAGAGGCUUUCGUACAUUUCUCCACGGCGUUCUGUCACGUAGACCUAGACACGUUGAACGAGGAAGUGCACAAAUCGGCUUUCGACGCAUAUAACAUAAUGAGGUUACCGUCUUGGCUUGACGAAAACUGUAUCAAGAUGGUCACGCCUCACUUGAUAAAACCGCAUCCGAACACUUACACGUUUUCCAAACGCCUAGCUGAAGACGUGGUUAGUGAUUUUUAUCCUCAGCUUCCGGUCGUCAUAGCAAGGCCAUCAAUAGUAACGCCAGCGCUUAAGGAACCUUUGCCCGGUUGGGUGGAUAAUCUGAAUGGACCCACAGGAAUAUUGGCUGCGGGUGGCAAAGGCGUGCUCCGGUCUAUACUUUGCAAUUCAGAAUACACUGCCGAAGCCGUACCGGUGGACUUUGCAAUAAAUGCCGUGAUUGUGAUUGCAUGGAAAACAGCAAUUACCAAACAAAAGACCGCCGCCAUUCCCGUUUAUAAUUUGACACAGCACAAUCUGAACCCAAUCACUUGGGACGCCGUUAUGGCCAAAGGAAGAGAAGAGACUAUGAAAAACCCGUUUGAGCUUAUGUUGUGGUAUCCUACGGGAUCGCUGACGUCCAACCGAUUUGUUCACAUUUACAAAGUGAUAUGUUACCACUGGAUACCGGCCUAUCUUAUUGACGGGAUUUUGUUUUUACUUGGCCAAAAGCGUUUUAUGAUUAAAGUUCAACAAAAGAUAUCGGAUGGUCUUCGUGUUCUCCAAUAUUUCACAUUGCGCAAUUGGGACUUUACCAACGACCGACUGUUGGCGCUCCGAGAAAGUUUGCCCGACGUGGACCGAAAAGAGUUCAAUAUGGAUUUCGAAAAAAUGGAUAUGGACGUUUAUUUUAGAGAUUGCAUUUUGGGCGCCCGUCAGUAUUGCCUGAAGGAAGACCCGGCGACCAUACCGAAGGCCAGGAAAACCCUGAAAGUACUUUAUGUGUUGGACUUGGUGGUGAUUUACCUGAAGUACGCUUUUGUCGCCUGGCUGCUGUACAAGGUAUACGAAAUGAUUUCGACGAUCGUUUAAGUCGCGAUGACGUUAUAUUGCGGUACUUUAUUAUUGCAUAAAUUAUUAAUAUUAUUCGAUAUAAUUCCCCACAUUGUUAUUGUAUUUCUUUAAAUACUAA